AUGACAGUCCCUAUUAAAGGAGGAUCUGCCAUGUCAGCUUUGACAGGAGAAAUAACGAAAAAGGCAUACGAUAAAGAAACAUUCGUAUCUUUAAUGGAAUGUUGUAGUCGAUUGUUCUUUCGUGAUGAAGAAAUUGUCAUAAUUGACCUGCUCUUAGCUACGGAACACGCAAUCUCCGAGAAGGACAUUGAGAUUGAAAUUGGUUUGCCAGAACAAUCCAUACGUGAACACCUUACAAGACUUGAACAUCACGGAAUACUUACUAGGUUUUCAAAUGCCCAGAGCACAAAUAUUUAUCAGAAGACUCCACGACUACCAAAAAAAGAAAUAACGAAAGAAACUACCACUGGUCAUCAGAUGUAUUGGAGAAUUAAUAACCAUGUGGUACUUGUUAUUCAUUACAAACUCUCUAAAAUGGAGGAAACAUUGCAACAAAGACGUAAAAGUCUUUAUGAAUGUGAUCGAUUUUUAUGUCCCGAGUGUAACUCCACUUAUGAUGCUCUUGAAGUUCAAAAGCUAGAUAUGGAUGGCUUUGACUCUCAUUUUAUUUGUUACUGUGGAACAAAGGUUGAGUUAGAUGACAAGUCUGCGAAAGAUGACAUGUAUGCUUCUCAACAGAAGAGGUGUGAAGAUCAGGUAAAGACGCUAAAAAAGUGUUUGUAUGAAGCUUGGGGUAUGGAUGUGCCUGAAUUUCCAAUAUUCACACGGAAGAGUGCACUUAAACAGUUGAUUGGUGAGAACAACAGUACUGCCAAUGCUGAAGAAUCAAGCAUUGUCGGUGAAACCAGUAGCGCUACAGGCGCCCCAAGUAGCGUCGCCAGUGAUUCUAGUGCCACAAACGCUAAAGAUACAUCGAAUUCGGUCAUAGCAUCCGAUACUGGGAAUCAAAGUAGUAUCGCAUAUUCACAGGGAGGAAAGAAGAUUCGCUUUCAUAUGCGCGUUGCUCCAGGUGUACAAAAUUUGGUAAAACCAUCUAGUGACCCUGUUAAACCAAUAACACCAUCCAGAGAGCCUGUUUCGUCGGGGAUUGUGCAAGAAGUUGUCUCGUCUGAGAUUGAAUCAAUUAAAGAUGAGGUUCCAAACUUUUAUAUCUCCAAGUUGGACAAGACUUUAAGCCUAAUAGAAGCACAAGAAUACCAACAACACAUGACUAAUGCAGAAUUUGAGGACUUCCUCGAGUUGCAAGACAGAUAUUUAAAUGUUAUUUAA